AUACAGGCUGACGUCUGUAAGACCUACAUUAUCAUGGCAGAUAACCCAAAGUAUAGAUUGACAUAUUUUACUACGAGAGGACGAGCUGAACCUAUCAGACUCCUGCUCACCGACGCUGGAAUCGAGUUUGAAGAUCGAAGGUUCUCAGAAAAAGAAUGGUUCGAAAGAAAGGAAUCAGGAGAAUUUCCGCUAAACCAAAUCCCGAUCCUCGAGGCUGACGGGAAAACGAUGGUGCAAAGUCGGGCAAUCAUGCGUCACCUGGCAAGAAAAUAUGGUUACAAUGGCAAAACAGAAGAAGAAGCUUAUCAAAUUGAUGUCCUUUGUGAGGCCCUAGAAGACCUAGUCGCUAACGUGUUUAAUAUCGUCUUUUCCGACUUUGAUCAAGCUUAUAAGGAUAAACUGAAAGAGAGCCUUCCCAAGACAGUAAACCCGAUCCUUCUCAAGUUCUUAGAGAAGGCGCUUGAAGACAACCCAAAUGGAAAUGGCUACUUCGUCGGUCAAGACGCCACCAUGGUGGAAUUCGUGUAUUUCACCUUUAUCCAGAAUGUGGUCAACAUGUACCCCGAUGCUCUGGCCGACUACCCCAAGCUUCGCGCCAAUCGUGAUCUCGUGAAAUCUAGGGAGAAGAUCUCCGCCUACCUCGCCAAACAGACACCGACUUACAUGUAACCUCAAAUCA